AUCGGAGCUUCCCCUUCCGAGCACCUAGCUAUCGGCGGCUUUCAUUGUGAAGCUCUCAUCCCUCCGCUCGAUGUCCAUCCAUUCCUUCCGAUAACUCGUCGACAUCACCGGUCGACAUCACCGAUCGAUCAAACGCUAUUAAUCUUCGCAACUCCCUGGGACUGGAUCCCGCGUCGUCUUGAUACUUGUAACCAGCCCCGAUUUUUUGCCUCGUGUAUUUCCGUCGCCGCCAGCUUUCGCCUCGAGGACUACCCUGUGGAAGACCCGUCUCCUUUAUAUCUUGACCAGCCCCCGGGCCUAGGCAGCAGCCAAGACACCUUUUCAGCAUUCCAGCACACCACGGGAAUUGUUGUGCACACCUCAAACCUCAACCGCUCCGAUCAACUUCCACGAUCGAGCUUGGCAGAUAUUUCACCCUGCAGUAAUGGGUCAGUCGCAUUCCAAGGGCAACUCUAGCCCGGGCGACUCUCUGCAGUCGUAUCCAUCUUUCUCUCGUUCCGACACCAAAGAAUCGCUCCGCUCUAUUCGAGGAUCGAUUCGCUCUAAGAUCCGUAGCAGUGAUAGUCCUCGCGCUUCGACGUCCGCACUGUCUCAGACCGAAAGCCAGACUGACAGGUCGGAUGCCGGAUCGAUUAAGUCCGCAGCCAGUAGACGCAGCUCCACCAACUUGAGUACGCAGUCUCCUAUCGCUGAUGAUGCUGCUUCGAAAUCCGAUGCCCCCGACCCUCCCCCGUCCCCAUCCUUGUCGAGCAGCUUGAAGAGAGGACAUCAAGAUGUGAGCGCCAUGCAGCAGAGUGGCGAGGUUGACCUCGUGUCUGAUGCUCCUCCUACUGGUGUUGCUCCCGUGGGCCCAUCUACCCAGGCUGUGGGAGAAUCCAUCCUCAUCAAACGGGAGAACCAGCUAAACCCCAUCCUGGACUUUAUCAUGAAUGCCCCGAUUGAGCCGUCUGGAUCACCGGGGAUGGGAAUGGGUGCUCUGAAAUCUAUCGACUUGGACGACAUGAUCUCGCGACUUCUCGAUGCUGGCUACUCGACCAAAGUUACCAAGACCGUUUGCUUGAAAAAUGCAGAGAUCACUGCCAUCUGUACCGCUGCCCGGGAGCUGUUUCUUUCUCAGCCGGCCCUGUUGGAGCUGUCAGCCCCGGUCAAGAUUGUCGGAGAUGUUCACGGCCAAUAUACGGAUCUCAUCAGACUUUUCGAAAUGUGUGGGUUCCCUCCUGCGUCAAAUUAUCUCUUCCUGGGUGAUUAUGUGGACCGUGGCAAGCAGAGCUUGGAGACGAUUCUUCUCCUGAUGUGCUAUAAACUGAAAUACCCCGAGAACUUUUUUCUUCUACGUGGCAACCACGAGUGUGCCAACGUGACCCGUGUCUACGGGUUUUAUGAUGAAUGUAAACGGCGCUGCAACAUCAAGAUCUGGAAGACGUUUAUUGAUACCUUCAACUGUCUCCCGAUCGCAGCGAUCGUGGCGGGCAAGAUCUUUUGUGUUCAUGGAGGGUUGUCUCCUAGUCUCUCGCAUAUGGAUGACAUUCGUGGAAUCGCACGCCCGACCGACGUGCCGGACUACGGUUUGCUGAAUGACCUCCUGUGGAGUGAUCCUGCGGAUAUGGAGGAGGAUUGGGAACCCAACGAGCGCGGUGUGAGUUACUGCUUCGGCAAGAAGGUGAUCAUGGACUUCUUGCAACGCCAUGAUUUCGACUUGGUCUGUCGCGCCCACAUGGUCGUCGAGGAUGGCUAUGAGUUUUACCAGGAUCGAGUACUAGUGACUGUGUUUUCUGCCCCCAACUACUGCGGUGAAUUUGACAACUGGGGUGCUAUCAUGUCGGUCUCUGGGGAAUUAUUGUGUAGUUUCGAGCUGUUGAAACCGCUGGAUUCCACCGCCCUGAAGAACCAUAUUAAGAAGGGCCGGAACAAGCGGAACAGCAUGCUCAGCAGUCCUGUAAGUUGUCCCUUGCUUAGCCAUCUUCCUCGCCAAGUCACGGCACAGCUCUUGUGCAACGAUGCCGAGACGUCUGUACUUUGGCUGACGAUGUUCUUGUUCUGUACUAACGGCUGCAGCCCGCACCUGUCUCGGCCCAGAGCUACUAGAUGUCUUGGUGAUUACAUGCCAAGUAAUCGCCGUCCGUCAUAUGUCACCACCAGGCGAUGUGGCCUGAGCCCGCCAUGGUGGCUGGCGUCCAUAUACUCGAUCGUGCGGCCUCGAUGAACUGGUCGGGCCCGCACAUCGUCACCGCCAAAACGGAUGCUGCGCUACAGCAUCCCGUCGAUAUGCAUCUCUCGGGGCCAGCCCCGGCAUUCUCCAUUGCAGCGCCGCGUGCUGGUUCUUCCGACCGAAUCUCACCUUGCAGACUUGGCGGACCGGGAUCUGCCAGGUCUUCCCGCUACCCAGAACCCACCGACAUCAUGAUAAACCUGCUACGAGACGCAUCCACAUCAGAAUGCCAUAGACAGUU